CGGACUCUCAUUGGCUAAAAUUACUUGGACACGUGCUCUCCGUGUGCAAGGCAAGUAGUAGUAACUGUGGGUGACUGCUGCUGUCAAGAGAGAAUGUGAGUAAAUAGUUGCUUGUUGUCGUCGUUGUAGCAACUAACAACAAUCGACGCCAUUGCUUAUCUACGAUAUUUAAACAAAAUUGGAAACCGUAGCAGAAUAAACGUGCACGAAAAUGUAUAUUGCUGCGAUUAGUUGAAUCGCAAUAAUUAGGAGAGUCUAAAGUCCACAGACCCAAACCGUUUUACAUUGAUUACGAAUAGCUGAGCUUAUCGUUAAAAUACUAAUUUUUCGUACUAUAUCCAACAGUUUAGUGAUCCAGGAUGUCUGCUUUACGGUAUGGCAUUUCCCUGAGCAGGAACUCCCUGUUCAAAGGCAAAGUUCAGCAGAAGGUUAGUAUCAUUGUUGGCACAAUGAUGGCAAGGAACCUAUCUACAAUGCAGGUGACCAAGAACAUGAUGUUCAUCUCUGAUAAAAAGUUUGAGGGAAACAUCAGCAAUCUCCAGUUGGUGCCUGCAGACAAUAAACCACUUGUUAUCAUGUUACCAUGGUUACUAGCUGAGAAGAAGCAUGUGAACAAGUAUGCUGAAAUCUACACAAGCAAAGGUUUCAAUGUUUUGAGCAUAAGUUUAACUCCGUGGCAACUGCUCUGGCCAGCCAAGGGAACACAGGUUGCCAAUGACGUUCUAAAGUUCAUCACCACCAAUACGACGAACGCGCCGCUGUUCCUCCACGGAUUCUCCGUCGGCGCUUACAUGUGGGGCGAAGUUUUGGUGAAGAUGGCCGCGGAGUUACCAAAGUAUCAGCCCGUUAUUGACCGUGUCGUCGGGCAGAUCUGGGAUAGCGCCGCAGACAUCACCGAGAUUCCCGUCGGUAUGCCGAUCGCCGUGUUCCCAAAGAAUGUGGUCAUGCAGAAGGCUUUAAGGAAAUACAUUCUCUACCAUAUGAAAACAUUCCAUAAGGUGGCCACGGUCCAUUACCUGCGCUCCAGCCAGAUGUUCCACACGAACAUCAUCAGAGCACCGGCGCUCUUCUUUCUCAGCAAGACGGAUCCCAUUGGAGCGGAGUCCUCGAACCAGAGGGUCAGGGAGAACUGGGAGAGCAUGGGUAUGCAAGUCUAUUGGAAGUGCUGGGACAAAUCCCCGCACGUUGGUCACUUCGCCAGGCAUGCGGAAGAGUACAAAGCGGAAUGGAUGAACUUCAUCGACAAGGUCUACGGCGAUGAACAGCGCCAAUGCAUCCAAGCCAAACUCUAAAUUUGAAAAAUCUCUUUAUUAACGUGCAUUAUUUCAUUAACAUAAUAAUGUACGUCAAUUAUCAUUAAUGCAGCGCCGUUGAGAAACUGCAGUAUCGACAAUAUUAAGAACCGUGCUGAAAUUAAUUCUAAAUUAUAUAUUCAUAUCAUCAAUUGGUUCUACAAUCAAUUGAAAGGUGUUGCAGGUCAAGUAUUCAUACCAUUUAUUAUUUUUUUAUUUUUAUAAAGAAUUGGGUCGAUUGUUUGUAACGAACGACAUUAUCUAUUAACGGAAAUCGAAAUCAUUGAAAUACAUUUUUGCACAAAUAUAUACCUAUUUAUAAAAAACAAAUAAAUAAUUUGUAAACGACAAAAUAUGUGAUUGAACUUAAAGUAAUAAAGCAUUUGAGUUCGCACGAAGAAAGAAUCUGUAAAAUAUCUUCCACAAAAAUAAUUAUAAUUACA